AUGCCGCCCUCUUGCGCUGCGGCCAAGAAGCAGAAGCAAAAGCAGACGCUGACCCUGGCGCAACUUGCCUCCUACGACGAUUUCCUGACGGAUGCGCUGGUUGACCAUGUUUUCUACUGGACUACAAUACCCAAAAACCGAAACUCGUAUCACCCUUCCCGAGGCGUGCGCGAAGAGGACAUCACUCGGAUCAUCCAGGAGGAAAUUAUCGUCAAGAAGGAUCUCGAAGCCGCCGAGAGCAAGCUGCUAGCCACCGAUGGCUUCCGCAAGUUUUUCGCCGCCCUCAAGACGGACAAGGCGAAGGAUGACUUCAAGCGCCACAUGCGCCGCUACACCCAAGUCUACCUUCCCGACUGCCCCUUUGAGGUCAAUUCAACAAAUCGGUAUACGAUUGUGUCGCAUGAAGCCGCGAUCACUGCCCGACGCUUCAUCCGGAGGAACGAGACGGUCAAGUACCUGGCUGGAACCCAGGUCAACAUUUCACCCGAGGAGGAGCGCGAGAUGACGGCCCGUAAAAAGGAUUUUAGCAUCAUCAUCUCUGCGAGAAGCAAGUGCGCCAGCCUGUUCAUGGGCCCGGCUCGGUUUGCGAACCACGACUGCGGGGCCAACGCGAAGCUCAUGACGACAUCCUCGGCGACGAUUGAAAUCAUUGCGACAAGGAACAUUGAUGUUGGAGAGGAGAUAACGGUCACAUAUGCUGAAAACUAUUUUGGGGAGGACAAUUGCGAAUGCCUCUGCAAGACAUGUGAGGAUCGGUGCACCAACGGUUGGGCGCCGGCCGAGGGGGGGAGUAUCGAAGAGUCUGCCAUCGACGGAUAUUCGUUGCGGCGGCGGAGAAGGGACGACAGUAGUGGUCCUUCAUCCCGAACACCUUCCGUUACACCAAAUAUUCGGCCCCGGGUGUCCAAGUCCCGUUUGAGAGGUGGAAAGUCCAACCGCGAUUCGCUCGCAGUUGGCUCGCCCAUGUCCGAUGUCUUAUCAACGGACAAGAAGCUGUCUUUCGACUUGCUUGUCACGCCGCCCAUCACACCUUCCAAGAGACGAAAGCUAUCAGCAACACAAGCAGUCACGGCCCCUUCCGCAGAAGCGCUUGUUAACAGCUCGGCCUCCGGCAUGUCGUUGACGAGCGGCGGAAACGAAGAUGGCUCGGUGACAGACAUCACUGAGCCGGAGAAGGACACGCCGGAACCCAGCCACAGCCAGAAGAGGUCGGACCUCGUCAAGGAGGAGGAAUGCGAAGAGUCCACGGGGCAGGUCCUGGCCCAUGCAGCGCCCUUCUCCCCGCAACAGCAGGGCCAGAGGGGCACGAUGGCCGCGAUGCCAGUUAAAACAUCCGCUUCAAUUCAAACGGCAUCCGUCAUGGCUUCCAGAUCGAUCCCCAUCUCUUCUCUUUGCAAUCCUCCGUCCCCGCCCUCAAAACUCAAGGGAAGGGGCCCGUCUGGAUGGACUGCUACGGCAUACUCGAUGAGCAUCACAAGUGUAACGGCAAGACAAGAAGAUCGUAUGAGCAUUGCAGCGGCUGUGUGCAACAGCAUUGAUACAAAGCCGGCGAUGAUGCCUGACGCGGGCACAACGGAAGGCCCUGGCAGAAGCGGUUUGAAGUCAAUGCAGUUUGACAGGAUUCCCUUAACAAACGAAGCAUUCGGGAGCUCUCACCAGGAUCACAUAGUGCAAACGCCAAAGGUCGUGGCGGUGGAGUCAAUCGAGCAAGACGUCCCGAGCAACGGUAACUCCGACAUUGUAAAGGCGUUGAGGGUCGAGGCACGGGUGCCGACGGAGAACUCUGCCCUGGUCACUGACGAUACUGAAGUCUGUGCGGAGGUUGAUGAGACGACGGUGGAGGCGGGGGCCGCCGGCAAGCCAUCAGCAGGUUUGAAGAAGCGCAAGUAUCAACGGCGCACCUUCAUCAAAGAGACCACACCACCCGCAAAGACCCGAACGCCCGGCGACUACACUCUUACACCACUGUUACUAUCAGAGCCUCAGACUGCGUGGGUUCGCUGCAUGAACUGCGAUACGGCCUUUGUGCAGCAAAACGCGUAUUACACCAAAAGCUCGUGCCCGCGCUGCGAGCGACAUUCCAAGCUUUACGGCUAUAUCUGGCCCAAGACGGAGAAGGCUGGACCCCGGGAUAAGGAGGAGCGCAUCCUCGAUCACCGCAUCAUCCAUCGAUUCUUGGGACGAGACGAUGAGGCGCGCAUCCGGGGUCGAAAGAGGCCAACAGGGGGGCUGUCGGAAACACUCGAGGGUGACACGGGCAGAGACUCCGGGGAAGGGGAAGAUAAGGCCGGGUUGAGACGGAGCGGUCGGAUGCGAAAGGCUAGCAUCAAAGUGGCAUGUCCGUGA